AUGGUGGUUCAGCGCUACGAUGGUGCUCCGGGACAAGUCGAAGGGCUCUACACCCAAGAUGUCAUCAGAUCCUUUGUCAAUGAGUUGACUGUGCCCGACGUGAAUGGCUUCGAAUCAGUGCGUCUCACGCUAAAGCCCAAUGACCCGGAGAUGGACCGGCUGCUGGAAAUCUACGCGCAUCAUUUCCCGAAGAUGUGGAACGAGAGUUGGACUCCAUCCGAAACUGAUGCACGCCGUCCCACAGAUGUGGUGAAUUUUGGGGAAGACAUCGCACGCGAGGCUGAUCGCGUUGUCGAGUACUGGGACGAACAUCGCAGAGAUCACCGCGAUAUCCUUACAGUCGCGGGCCAGAAACGAUUCGCGGAGGCGUCCAAGGCUUUCGGAUGCGGCUUCCUGAUUUAUAUGGACAAAUUUGUCAACCCGAAAGUGAUCCAAGACUGCUUAUCGAAGGCUUUUAUAGCACUCGCCGAGGAAUGCAACGAAGGCCGUCUGGGAGGCGACGGCAUUAUGGAACUCUCGAUGACGCAGUACCCUGAAGUGCCAACGUCAAAUCGUGUCAAAAUCAACACUAAUCAACCGGCUUCUCCUGAGCUUUAUGAUGGUAUCAAAAAGAUCCUGACGGACGCUGGCUUGAACAUGCGCAUUAAGGUCAAGACGAGCAUCGCCACCUAUAUCACGAAAUGGGCUCGUGAGACUGGAAGGCCCCAUUUUCCAUUUGACUCCCCGGCCACGACCUAUUCGAGCAGCGUCGAUGAUCUAAACAAUUUGCUUGCGAAAACGUCAUUUUUGUCU